AUGUAAAACAAAAUUAUUGAAAGCGUUUUUGUUUGUUUGAUCUAUGCUUUCUGUUCGAUGGCAUUUUCAUUCUCAGCUAAGUUUCUUUUCAAAAUCUUUGCCUUCCACAAUACUACCAUUGUAAGCAAUAAAAAUAUUAUAGAUAGUUACUUCUCUAUGAGACAACAAUUAAUAUUGUCAUUUGCACUUUAUAUAAAAUAAUCAAAUACAAUAAGGAAAAGAGGGAAAAGAAAGACUCUUAGAUGUCCAUCUCGUAAUUGAUUGUCACACAAUUCAAAGAAAGAAUGAAAUAAAAUAAAUUAACUAUUCCAUUUUCCAUCACCUACGGAACUGGCGCCUAUUGCGGUAUGACUGCCCUAUCUAAGAUUAGCAUACCACUGUAAUAAAUUAAAUAAUAAUUUAGCUUUCUAGCAUUGAGAAGAACCUUGAUAUUUUUUGUCUUUGUUGUUCAAAUUCUGAUGGGAAAAAAGAACUAAUAAAUAAGCUUCAAAUUUAUUAUUUCAGUUCUUUUUAUUACUUCAGGAGCAAUUAUUGCAGGUAUUUAAUAUCAAUAAAUGCAUCUAGGUUUGGAUCACUUCAAUGAUGAUAUCUAAGGAUAUGUAUUAUUGAUAAUUAAUAAUAUGCUCUCUGCUUUGAGUCUGCAUAUGGCCUAAAGCCUAAACCAAUCAUAAUAAUUCAGUCCCUUUGACUUAGUUUAUAACAAUAGCAUCAAUUUAUGGCCAGUCUUAUUGAUAAUAAGCAUAGUUACUAAGGAUAUUUAAUCGUUUUUUGAAUUUGAAUCCCUUUAUCGAACAGAAUUUAUGUUAAGUUUCUCUUUAGUCGCAUUAUUUGGUUUCUUUUUAAAUUUAGCUACGUAUAAUUGUACAAUGAAAAAUUCACCAUUUGCUAUUGCUUUAACUCAUAAUAUAAAAGUAAUUAUUUGUAAAAUAUUUUAGGAUAUCUUUUCAACUGUUUUGAGUAUCUUAGUAUUUGCAGACAUAUAGGCAGAUACUUUUUUGACUUUUGGAAUUUCGUUGUCGUUUGUUGGUUCAUUCAUUUAUUCAUUAACAAAGAUGUAAGAAAUAAAAAAGAAAUAAUAACAAACUAUUGAAUUAACAAAUCAAGAAAUUAAAGUUUUAAUUAAAUAAUGA